AGCAAAUCUUCAUUCCAGGUUUUUGAACUUUUAAAUCUCCAAAAUCGCAAAUAUGAAAUACUUUACAAUUUUUUAUCUUCUUUUAAUCGUCUCGGCGACACUGUGUUCCGCUCAAGCUCCAAUAAAUGCAUCAAU